AUGCGAGGAUGCCUGCAGUUAGCCAGAUGGCUGAGCGCAGGGCCGAAAUGCCCGGCGGCAAGCCUUCCCAAGGCGCCAUCCGGCCUCUAUAAUACCAUCCGUUCUUUCACUAGUUCCGCCCAUUUGGCAUCGCGAGCCAGAGCAGCAGCGAGCAAACCCGCCUCCGAUCUUGAAGCCAGAAUCGCGCAGAUUCCCAUCGACCGCUACCGUAACUUCUGUAUCGUCGCUCACGUUGACCAUGGGAAGAGUACCCUCUCCGACCGACUGCUCGAACUCACGGGCACUAUCCAGCCAGGAUCGAAUAAACAGGUGUUGGACAAACUCGAUGUCGAACGGGAACGAGGUAUCACUGUGAAGGCACAAACAUGUACCAUGAUAUAUAACCAUAACGGGGAGGAUUAUCUGUUGCACCUUGUCGAUACACCGGGACAUGUGGACUUUCGUGCCGAGGUUUCGCGCAGUUAUGCCAGUUGCGGCGGAGCAUUGCUUCUGGUGGAUGCCAGCCAGGGUAUCCAGGCACAGACCGUCGCAAACUUCUAUCUCGCAUUCGCGCAGGGCUUAGAGUUGAUUCCUGUCAUCAACAAAGUGGACUUGCCAUCGGCCGAACCGGAGAAGGCACUCCAACAGAUGAAAACGUCGUUUGAACUGGACACGGAAAAUGCGGUGAUGGUGUCUGCUAAAACCGGCCUGAAUGUUGAGCAAUUACUUCCUACUGUGGUUGAGAAGAUCCCCGCGCCUGUUGGUGAUUGUCAGAAGCCCCUACGGAUGUUACUUGUCGAUUCCUGGUACGAUUCCUACAAAGGUGUUAUCUGUCUGGUACGAAUCUUCGACGGUGAAGUUCGGGCAGGCGACCAACUCAUUUCGUUCGCAACCGGCAUCAAGUACUAUGUCGGUGAAGUCGGCAUCAUGUACCCCCUCGAGACCUCACAGACCGUCCUGCGAGCCGGCCAAGUCGGCUAUAUCUACUUCAACCCCGGUAUGAAACGGAGCAAGGAAGCUAAGAUCGGGGAUACUUACACCAAGGUCGGCUCCGAGAAAGCUGUGGAGCCCCUUCCGGGGUUCGAAGAACCCAAGUCGAUGGUUUUCGUAGCCGCCUAUCCCGUGGAUGCGGAUCAUUUCGAGCACCUCGAGGAUAGCAUCAACCAGCUUAUGCUCAAUGACAGAAGCAUCACUGUGCAGAAGGAAUCUUCUGAAGCUUUAGGUGCAGGAUUUAGACUGGGAUUCCUUGGGACACUCCACUGUUCUGUUUUCGAGGAUCGUUUGCGCCAGGAGCACGGUGCCAGCAUCAUCAUCACGCCUCCUUCAGUGCCGGUAAAGGUGAUAUGGAAGGAUGGCCGCGAAGAGAUUGUGACCAGUCCCGCUCGCUUCCCCGAGGAGGAUGAUCUGCGAUCUAAGGUCGCAGAGAUCCAUGAGCCUUACGUGCUUGCUACCCUAACCUUCCCCGAUGAGUACCUCGGCAAGGUGAUCGAAUUGUGCGAAGCGAACCGAGGCGAGCAGAAAACCCUUGAGUAUUUUACGGCAACUCAGGUCAUUCUCAAGUAUGAACUGCCUCUGGCACAAUUGGUCGACGAUUUCUUCGGAAAGCUCAAAGGAUCCACCAAAGGUUACGCUACUCUGGACUACGAGGAAUCUGCGUGGCAGCCGAGCAACAUCGUGAAACUACAGCUGCUGGUUAAUAAAGCCCCUGUGGAUGCUGUUGCGCGAGUUGUUCACUAUAGCCAAAUAGAACGACUGGGAAGGAAAUGGGUGACAAAGUUCAAGCAGCACGUCGAUCGACAGCUCUUCGAGGUCGUCAUCCAAGCUGCUGUCGGACGCAAAGUCAUUGCAAGAGAAACCGUCAAGCCAUACCGGAAAGAUGUCCUGGCCAAGCUUCAUGCUAGUGAUGUCAGCCGACGGAGGAAGCUCCUGGAAAAACAGAAAGAAGGCCGGAAGAGGCUCAGGGCUGUCGGAAACGUGGUGAUUGAACAAAAGGCGUUCCAAAACUUCUUGUCGAAAUAG